CUUUCUUUAAUAAUCCAAACGAGAGAGUUCAUAUUUCCCACUAUUAUACCCCAAUGAAGACAAAAUUGAAGGCAAAAAGACAGAAGCCAUCUAAGCUAUCUAAAUUAUGGAGGUCUCGAAUCCAUCAAGAAAGGAUACAAAUAAAUCUUUUAUUCUCAGUCUGCCUGUUCAAAAUUUACCAGAGGGUUAUUUCAACUCGUCUCAGUUGACAUGGUAUACUAUGAAUCGUGGGAAAUCUCCAGUUGAUGUGGCAGUUAUUCCGUACGAUAGGAUGGAUGAUUUUGUUUGCGGGGAGUCAAGCCUUUCACAGUGUUCUACAAGUUUUGCCCGAACAAAGAGCUCUAAGCAACCUUUACACACAGCAAGUGUGACAUUGGAGCACAGAUCCCUAGUUUCAUGCACAUAUUGGUGUUCAUAUGGUGGUGCUGAUUAUCGAGAUCAAAUGAUCCACCCUGAACACAACAAGCAUAGACCCAACCGUGAGAGAAAAAAGAGGGGUUGUACUUGUCAUUUCAUUUGCAAGCAAUUGGCUGCAAGACCAUCCGAUGUUCUUAUCACAUAUGUUGAGAGAAGGCAUGUCGAUAAGAAUGGCUUACCUUGUCAUGGCCCAGAGGAUAUCUCAUCUGGUGGUAAAAGGCCUCUCCAUGCAAUGCAUUUGUCUUCUGAAAAGAAACAUUGGGUAUAUUCAUUAUUGUAUAUGGGCCUAUCAUAUAAAACCAUAUAUGACAAGCAUAUACAUUAUAUAAAUCAAGAGAAUGGAAGGGACCCAAAUAGGGAAGCAACCCGUGAUGAUUUCUUGAAGUUAAGAGAUGUACAGAACUUGGCUAGACGUUCAAAUGGAAUUGGCUAUCAGUUACACCCAAACGGUAAUGGAAGUGUGGGAAAAUGGGUGGCAAAGAACCCUUCUGAUGUUUUUAUUUUUCGCAAGGAUGAACAAUUUUCUUUCAUCUUGGGACUGCAGACACAUUGGCAGUUGGAACAACUAGUCCGGUUUGGAAACAGAAGCGAACUCUUCCUGGAUUCCACUUGUGAUCUGACCUGUUCUAAGUACUUUGUUUAUACAGUACUAGCUUUUGAUUCGCAACAGACUGGGAUUCCUGUUGCAUGGGUUAUAGUAGAGGAGGUGACACAAGAAGUUAUGUUUACUUGGCUCACUGCUCUGAAGAAGCGCAUUCUUGAAAAAGAUGCAACUUGGAGUGUGGCAUCAUUUCUAAUUGAUGAAUCCGUGCAAUGCCGUGAAACUAUCAGUGACAUAUUCGGUUGUCGGUUGCCUUUAUCCCUUUGGCGGGUCCGAAGGUCCUGGCUUGAGAGGCUUUCUAAGGAUGUAUAUGAUGUAGCACUUCGUGCAGAAAUGUAUUGUGCACUUGGAAAAAUUUUGCGCUUAUCGACAUCCGAAGAACAUGCUAUGGAAUCUUUUGCAAAGUUUAAGGUUAUCUUCGCUAUGGAGAUGACAUUCUUGUCAUAUUUUGAGGAGUACUGGAUACCCCAAAUUUGUCGUUGGUUUAGUGAGAAAAGGGAGUUUGCACAUCCUAGCCAUGAGGUGAAUGGAGCUCUACCAUAUUAUCAUUCAGGCCUCAAUGAACAAAGACCAGAGGCCAGAAACAUAUCUGAAACUAGACUUGACUGGCUUAUCAAUAGGCUGAUGAAAGAGGUACAUUCAUACUACUGGUAUGGUCAAUAUGCAAAGAAGAAUGGGCUCUGUAGAACUGUGGCAACUGAGCAUUUGCAGAACAAUGCCUGGCAAAAUGCUUUGAAAAUCCCAGAUGGGGAUGUUGUUUGGGAUUCCUUAUGUUUUCAUAUCGCAAAAGUUCAUAACCAAUUAGGGGGGCAUCCAGAGUAUUUCACUUUGUGGAACCCGGGUUCAGAGUAUUCUUUGUGUGAUUGUGGGGUUCCUAUUUGUGCAUCUACUUGUGAGCAUAUUGCUAAGUUGUAUAUGGUGUGGAAUGUUCAUUUGAAAACGCCCAAAUACCUAUGUUUAGAGAGCCCGCCAACAUCUACUACUUCUCAAAUAAACAGUACAAGUUCAUUGAAUCUGUGGGCUUCUUUGGUUGGGACCCUGCAUCAUAUUAUUGAAACUCUUCCUCAAGACUUUGCAAGGCUGGAAAGUGCCUCACGCUCAAUCCAUCGAUUGGAUAAGGAGCUGAAGAGUGCAAGGGAAAUCGUUGUUUCAGAUACUUGUGAUCCCACUCUCGCACUUGUUGAAAGAAUGGGUGACAGUGCUGUUUUCUCCGAAAUAAAGAGAAAUCAAGAGAGAGAGGCUGUUGAUGGCAGGAGAAAUAGUGGUGCAAAUAAUAAUAGUGAACAAUACUUAGAAUCUACUGUGACUGGCAAUGGGCAUCGGAGAAAGCUAAGACGGGUUGACAAGAUGACCCAUGUUAUAUACGGGAGAAUAUCGAGAGAGUCCACCAUGGGCCAUUAUGUUGAAGCCCUACCAGAUGAUGCAGUUGUUCAAUAUGCACCAGGCCAAAUGAGGGCUGACGAGCUUGUGAAGGAAACAUAAAAGCUGCCUAAUGGUGGCAUACAAGUGCGUUAAGACUAGAAGCUCGAUAUGAUGGGAGUGCCCUCUUGUUCCUUCCAGCCCGUGGAACUCUCUCUCUCUCCAAGUUCUGAACUCUCUCCCAACCCAACCAGAAAAGCAAGGCGUUCCAUCCAUAUGUGUUUCACUUAGCUAUCCAAGUUCUGAACUUCCCCCCAGAAAAAAGGAGGAGGUCCCAUUCAUGUGUGUCAUUUAGCUAUGUACUGGCAGUUACUCCUUGCAGCACCAAGAAAUGGUUCAUGAGGUAUCAAAACUGUAAUGCUCCAUUGUAAAUUUUCAUCAAUACAUGACAUUCACCGACUUUUGUUUAGUUUUUUGUUAAUUUCAAUCCAGAACUUAUUUUAGCAGUCCCUGGGGUUAUUCAAUGUUCAUAUUUUUU